ACAUCCAUUGUUCAGUAAGAAGCCCGCACUGUUACAAUUAUGUCGUGGAAAAACAACAUGACGCGAUUUAAGUUGUACGAAAAUGUAUUUAUCGAAACGAACAUACUUCCUCCAAAGUACGACGGCGUCAUCAUCAUACUCUACCCGCCAGAGUUAAACGUUGAACCGCCACGGCAUAUAAAAAGUUUCAUAAACAACCUGAAAGAGUUAGAUAAGCAUGUGAUGAAAACACCUACCGUGUGGAAUUGUGACUAUGUGUCUGGUGGAAGGCUCAUACUAGCGCCGACCGGGAAGAUAACUCGGUACCACGACGCUAGGGUUCUAUACGAAGCAGCCAAGAAGGGAAUGAAGAGAGCUCUGGAUGCGGGGGUGAGAAAACCUCUGAUGGUGGUCCAGCAAACUGAUCACUUCCCUGAUGGACAGCUGGUUGCUAUUCUCGGAGCAUUGGAAGUUCUUUACACUCCACUACACGCUAAGAUUGCGGGGAAGAACAAAGCUGACUUCAUCGGAUUCCAUGCUGAGGAGAAAUUGGAAGAGCAUUUCGAAAGAAUCGUCAGAAACGCUAUCGCCUUGGAACUUUCUAGAAUAGUCACUCGCGAUAUAUCUGCUGGAGACCCGGAGGAAAUGAGUCCAGCUAAAAUAGUUGAUUAUAUAAGAAGGGAAUUUGAUGGCGAUAGAAACUGUAUCGAUAUCAACGUUAUAGAGGAUGAAGAAGUCAUCGCUACGGAAUACCCGCUACUAGCAGCUGUGAAUAGAGCAGCUAAUGCCGUGGACAGACACAAAGCUAGAAUCGUCGAACUGACGUAUAAACCUUCGAACAUCUACAGGAUCACCGAAACCCUGAUGCUAGUAGGCAAGGGUGUGAGUUACGACACGGGAGGCGCAGAUAUCAAGAUUUCCGGGAAAAUGGCGGGUAUGUCCCGUGAUAAAUGCGGAGCGGCAGCAGUGGCUGGCUUCCUCAAAGCCUGUGCCAUCCUUAAACCCCCACAUUUGAAGGUCAUUGGAGUUUUAUGCUUGUGCAGGAACUCCGUUGGAUCAGAAUCGUACGUAGCCGAUGAAUUGCUUAUGUCCAAAAGCGGAAAGACCGUGAGGGUUACCAACACGGAUGCGGAAGGAAGACUAGCGAUGGCGGAUGCUCUGUUCGACAUGACAGAAAGAGCUAGCAGAGAACUGAAUCCGCAUAUCUACACAAUAGCGACUCUGACUGGCCACGCCAGGGUUUCGUACGGAGCUAAUUCAGCAGCUAUGGACAACCACAGUGCCAGAGCCACAUCGCACGCGAGUAAGCUACAGUUCAGUGGAUCAAGAAUAGCAGAGGGCGUUGAAGUUUCUGUAGUAAGACCUGAAGACUUAGAUAAUAACGCAGGAGUAGCAGACGGAGAUGAUAUGGUCCAAGUCAACAUGAAACAAACAGUGAGACAUCACCAGCUAGCCGCGGGUUUCCUCAUCAAAAUAGCAGGUCUUGAUGAUAAGAACGUUAAAUAUACUCAUCUGGAUAUAGCUGGUGCUUGUGGGUCGGUGGAUAUGACUCCGACAGCUGUACCGGUCUUAACGCUGUGUCAUGCGCAUAAAGUUAUUGUGUGAUAGUGAAAAUUCUUUGAAAAUAGUGCAAUGUUAAAUAACGGAAACUUAAGGGUUUGAUUUCACGAUAGGUUUACAAAUAAAAACGUAUUUAUGCCAGCAAAAUGC